UAAACAAACCCUCUCACCUUAUUUUCACCAGAUGAUAUCAACAAGUACAUUGAAUUGAUACUAAUUUCCACUUAUGAGACGAAUUCGACCAUAUCACCUUCAAUUUCACUUACAUAAGAUAUAGCGAGAUAUACAAACUUAUAUUAUUAAAACAGGUAAACUAAGUGAGCCUUGCAAGCCGGGUGAAAAUAACACACGGUGUAAACAAAAGAGAUAAGAAAUAGUUAUCAACAAAUGUUUUGUAGAGAAACAAGUGAUUGUGUAGCAGAAACUUUACAAGAAAUGAGCAGCGGCAUUAGCGUUAAGAAGGUGGAGCACCACGAGCAGCUCGAGCUGUGCCAGACCAGAGCCAAGUACAGGCAGGGCAGGAAGCUGACAGCCGUCAAGGUCUACACUGUCAACGACGAGUCCAAAUACCUCAUCGUCAACGGUGUUCCGGCCAUCAAGAUUGGCAGUGAACUUGAGUCGCUGUGUCUGAGAUACGGAGACGUCCAAGUGUUAGACAUAUUGCCCGAUUAUCCUUGUGAGGAGUACACGGAGGUUUAUUUGCUGAAAUAUCGUAAUAUUAAGAGUGCCAGGUUUGCCAAGAUUCAGUUGGAUGGGAAGUCGUAUUACGGCGGGGUGUUACACGUGUGUUAUGCGCCUGAGCUGGAGACCCUAGAGGAGACGAGAGAGAAGCUCGCAGACAGAAGGAAGACUGUUGCAGCUCUUACUAGGUAUAAACAAGACCCGUCUCUGGUAAAUCCGUCAAAGAGGAGGAACAGCCAAGUGUUGAGUGGAGCAGCUGGACGGUAUCUUGUUCAUUUAAAACCAGAAUUAAGGAACAUAAACCAGGACUUUGUAAAUAAUUCACCAAUAAUGGGUGGACCAUCAGAUGAAGGUAGAACAACAAGCCAAGCUAGUGUCGGUGCCAACUUCAAUACAUCAUGUCCUUCAGAAUCUUGUGCCUCCCUACAGCAGCCACCUAUUACUUUAAUUCCCCGAACAGUUAAAAGGCAAAUGAAUUUUCCAAGCCCUACAGUACCUAACACCAAAAAAAUAAAAGUUUUUGGUAACAAGAAUAUUCUAGCAUAUAAAUCAAAUGGUAAAUAAUGUAAUUGAGAUCAUAUUCUGUAAUUAGAGGCAAGAGAUUACUAUUCAGGUCUUGCCUGAGUACUUGUCAAUUCCUCACUUGUUGCAGCUGUCUUUAGCAUAUCUUAUUUUUGUACAACAGUUAUGAAAUUAUUUAGAACCUAGUGUUCAGAGUUUGUAUGAACAUUUAGGAAAAGUUGCAUCAAAAUGUUAUGAAAUAAAUAUUUAUAAAAAUAUGAUACAUAUAUUAUGCUUUCUUGAAUUCAUUACUAGCAUUAAUACUAGAAAUGUGACAAAUAAAGAUUUCAGCUUA